AUGUCCUUUCUUUAUACACAUUCAAACGAGUGUUUAAAAAGUGAACUCGAUCUCUUUUCUUUACCACUCACACAAACCAGCAUCGAGAGUUCGCAAUGGAUUUAUUACAAACCCGUAACGUCGCUCGCGGACGACGCGCCUAUAGAAUUCGUCAUACCCGGUCAUGGAGAAGAUUAUCUAGAUCUCACGCACACCAUGCUGAGCCUUCGCGUACGCGUAGAAUCUUCCCCCCUAGCAGGAGGUGGUACCGCCGUUGGCACCCCCGAAUUCAAAGUAGGCCCUGUAAAUCAUUUACUGCAUUCCAUGUUCAACCAAAUCGACAUAUAUUUCAAUCAAAAACUCGUGUCGCCCCCAAACAACGCUUACGCGUAUCGGGCUUACAUCGAGGCGUUAUUAAAUUAUUCUUCACCCGCAAAAAACUCCCAUCUGACCUGCUGUCUGUGGGAUAUGGAUACCCCAGGUUUAAUGGACGCCCUCCUAGAGUCGCAAACCCCAAAUCAGGCUCUCGUGAGACGCUCGCGUUACAUUCGAGACGAAUAG